ACGUUUGACAGCUGGUUCAAGUAAAUAUGGCUGAACAUAGCCUAGUUGAAGGCGAAGAUGAAAAUAUUUUAUACGACUUACUUGUUAUUACUGAAUGGCCGCCAGAGACGGACACUCAGUUGCGAGGCAACAAGGAGCACACCUCACUUAUUGCAAAAGCUGUGACAGGGCCAUUCCGCUUAAUUCUGCACUAUUUGUGGUACAGUCCCUCAAGCUCGUCUCUGCCUCUUGGUCUUGCCCACCUGGCAAACAAGCAAAUCAACUGGCAGCUGGUGCUUGCAAGUAAUGGCAAACUCUUGGCAGUGGUUCAGGACCAGUGUGUGGAGAUUAGGUCGGUGAGAGAUGACUUUGGUUCAGUCAUUGGGAAGUGCCAGGUGCCAAAGGACCCAAACCCCCACUGGCGGAGGGUGGCAUGGAGCCAUGACUGCACCCUGCUGGCUUACGCUGACAGCACUGGCACCGUGCGCCUUUUCGACCUCAUGGGCAGCGAAUUGUUUGUCAUCCCGCCGGUGGUGAGUUUUCAUGGGGAUUUCAGUUGUGCGGUGGCCGGCCUGAUCUUCUUGGAGUAUACAGCCAGCGCACAGUGGUCAGCCGAGCUGCUCGUUAUCACAUAUGGUGGCGGGCUCAAGAGCUAUCUAGUCAGUGUGGGAACCAAUCAGAACUUUCAAGAGAACCACAGCUUCAGUUUCUCUGCCCACUACUCCAAUGGCAUCACCUCAGCCAUUUACCACCCAAGCCACCGACUGCUGCUGGUGGGAGGCUGUGAGUCGGGGGAUGACAGUACGUCCAAGGCCUCUUUUUGUGGCAUCACAGCCUGGAGGGCUCUCUCUGGCUCGCCGCACUACAAGCAGGUCACCAGCUAUGAGGAUGAUGUCAAUCCAAAUCAGAAGAGAGGUUUCUUCAGGAUCCCCAGCUUCAGAUUCUUUUCAAGACAAGGAGAUGAAAAGGACGGUGUAUUCCGCAUGAGCCUGAGCCCCGAUGGCACCCUCCUAGCUGUCAUCCACUUCUCAGGUCGUCUGUCUCUCUGGGACGUCCCCUCGCUCAAACAGAGGGCCACAUGGAGCCAAGACCAACAGCCAGGAUUUGAGGAGAUCAACCCAGAGUGGAAGACAUCGCUGGAGAGAAGGAAGAAAAUAAAAGAUAAGGAGCAGUACUACCCGCUGGUGGAUGUGAGCUGGUGGAGUGACAACGUGUUGAUUCUGGCUCGCUGCUCCGGGUCCGUCACCGUCUCAUCGGUCAGGACGCUCCGCAACCUCCUGGGCAAAUCCUGCGAAUGGUUCGAGCCCUCACCCCGAGUCACCGCAGCGCACGAUGGGGGCUUCCUCAGCCUGGAGUGUGAGGUGAAGCUUGCCCAAAAGCGUGGGCGUCUGGAGAGCAACCUGAGCGGUGGGGCCAGUGAGGAUGAGGAGUGUGAUGAUGGAGGAGACUCUGACUCAGACGAAGAGUCCUCAGCCAAAGCCCGCUACUUUGGCUAUAUCAAGCAGGGUCUUUAUUAUGUGACAGAGAUGGAGCGCUUCGCCCCGCCACGCAAGCGCCUCCGCACUGUAAUCAAGAACUACCGACUGGUCAGCCUUAGGUCAACAACACCAGAGGAACUGUACCAGAGGAAGAUUGACAAUGAGGAAUACGGUGAAGCCCUGUCCCUUGCCCAAGCCUAUAAUCUGGACUCUGACCUGGUCUACCAGAGACAGUGGAGGAAGAGCACCGUCAGCAUCGCCUCGAUACAAGAUUAUCUGAGCAAGAUCCGCAAGCGGUCAUGGGUGCUGCACGAGUGUGUGGAGCGCGUCCCAGAGAAUGUUGAUGCGGCCAAGGAGCUGCUGCAGUAUGGCCUGAAGGGAACUGACCUUGAGGCCCUCAUAGCCAUUGGAAACAGAGAAGAUGGAGGAAGGUUUAUCAUGCCAGGUGAUGUUGACCUCGAUGACCUACCUUACGAAGACAUGCUGUCAGAUGAUGAGGAGCUUGAGAUGAAGAAGGAGAGGGAGAACAGCAAGAGACAAGAGCUGCUAGCCAAGGUCGAUUUUAGCAGACUGACUCUGGAGCAGAAGGAGCUGUGUCGGAGUCGACUGAAACUACUCUCCUACCUGGACAGACUGGCCACAUAUGAGGAGAUACUUGGCGGGCCUCAUGCAGCGGAGCAGAAAUACGAUGCCGAGUUCUUCAAGAAGUUCCGCAGUCAAAAUAUUGUUUUGUCAGCAAGAAACUAUGCCAGGGAGAGUAACGUGCAGGCUCUGGACAUUCUCUUCACGUACCACGGAGCAGAUCUCCUCCAGCACCGGCUAGCUAUCCUUUACAAUUUCCCAGAAACCACCUCUCCACACGAGUACACCAUCCUGCUGCCUGAGGCCUGUCUGGAUGACAGAGAUGAGUUGGUGUUGAUUCCGUGGGAUGAGCAGAGACACAGAGAUAUGGACUGGUGCGAGGCAGAGGAGUGCAGAGCGGUGCUGGAGCAGAACUUGUUUGAUGAUGACAGCUUCCUGUAUGAGGAGGUGCCAGAGCUGCUGAAGCUCCGUACGGACACACCCUCCAUUGAGCUGCUGACCGACUGGUACCAGAGCAGAGCCCAGGAUAUCGACUCCGGCUCCAGACAGGUGGACUGCGCCCUGUCACUGGUGCGUCUGGGGAAGGAGCGUGAGAUCCCAGGGCUGGAGCUCUUGUGUGAUGACUUGGUCACCAUGGAAACACUUGUGUAUGAGACAUCAUGUGAACUGAGUCUGACACUUAAAGAUCUGCAGCAGUUAAGUGACAUUGACAAGCUCUGCCUGCUUAUGAAAAAUUCUAGCACCGAGCGCUAUGUGAAAGAUGCCUUCCAGUGGAUGGUGCCGUUCCUGCACCGCUGUGAGGGGCAGAAAGAGGGUGCCGCUAAGUCUCUUCUCAGAGAGUACCUGGUCAACCUGGCCCAGCAAGACCUCACCUUGCCCCUAAUCAUCUUCCAGCACUCCAAACCUGACUGCCAGCAGAAGAUCAUUGGGGACCCAGACGAGCUGAUGCUGGUCGCUCUGGAGUGCAUCUACAGCUGUGAAAGAGAUGACCAGCUCAGCCUCUGUUAUGACAUCCUGGAGUGUCUGCCGCAGAGGGGCUACGGGCCAGAGACGGACAUCACCGCUUCACUCCAUGAUCAGGUGGACAAACUUGAGAAGCAUCUCAGCGUGGUGGAGGUACUGGAGAAACAUGGACUACAGAAACCCAUCUCAUAUGUGAAGAACAGCCAGAACAGUGAAGAGGAAGCCCACCAACUAAUGGUCAAACUGUGCCGUCACACUGGCCGCAAAAACCCCCCAGUAAGUGAGACAGUGUGGAGAGGACUACUGCAGGAUCUGCUUGACAUGCAGCAGAACGUUUACACCUGUCUGAAAUCGGAGACAUGUCACCAGGUCUUUGUUGAGUCCCUGCUUUGCUCCAGUCGUGUGGAGAACGUACGCCUGGCAGGGCAGCUCAUGCACUGCUCCAAGGUCAGCCAGGAUGUUCCUGUCAGCUUGUCAUUCAGGGGUAAAGGUUACGCUCUGAAGGUGGCCUAUGACAACAGUGUGGAAUUAGUGUUGGCUGCUGCCAGAGAGUACUUCAACUCCUCCACUACACUAACAGACUCCUGCAUGGGCCUGGCCAGGGCGUGUCUCCAGCUGAUCACCGACUGUCCUUCGACCAUCCAGGAGGAGCUGGACCUCAUCAGCGCUCUCAGCCAGCUGGAAGACUUCAGUGUCAGCAUCCUCCCGCUGCAAGUGCGCCUGCGAUCAGACCGUCUGUCUCUCAUAAAGGAGUGCAUCGCCUACUGCUCCACAGCCUACAAGCAGUCCACCACUCUGCUGAGUCUGGCCACCCUUCUCCGAGUGGCAGGAGAUGACGAGGCCACGCGAAAGGGCAGAGUGCUGACCUUGCUGGCAGAGCAAGCUCUCCAGUGUCCGGACUUCAAGGCCUCAUACAUCCACUGUCAGGAUCUCAUGGCUGCGGGUUACAGUCCAGCAUGGGAGGUGUGCAGUCUGCUCGGUCAGUGUGAGGGCUACGGAGAUCUGGAGGCCCGUCAGGAGCUUUUAGCCUUCUCUCUCACCCACUGUCCCCCAGACAACAUCCACGGCCUCCUCGCAGCUUCCAGUGACCUGCAAACGCAGGUGUUGUACCAGGCAGUUAACUAUCAAAUGGAGCCUGUUGUUACAGACAGUGGACAAGAGGCCGACGAGACGGACUCUGUGAAGGCCUGUGCAUCCACUGUGGGCUCCCCUGUGGGGACAGCGGGGGACCUGCUGCACAGGACUACAGCUAAGACCAUGGAAGUGCUGACCACUACAGGACUGACCACCAAGGCUGUGCUGAGCGCAGUUAGUGACCACCGCUGGUGGAAAGAGUCACUCAACUACCUCCGGCCGCUGCAUGGUCACGGAGAAGGAGCCACGAGUCAGGAAGGGGCGUGUGAGAACUCCAACCUAGAGCGUCAAGGCUGUAGCCCCUUUUAUCAGGAACUCAUUGAGGAUCCCUAUGUAGACCUGAGUCAAGAUGUGUAUUUGUCCUACAAAGACGUGCCUCAGGAAAACUUUGCAGAGGUUUUGCUGAGAACCGGCAAACUGGCUGAGGCCAAAACUGAAGGAAAAACCCUGUUUCCUGCUACGGAGGUUUUGCUACAGCUGGCCAACGAUGCAUUUCCCAGGGACAUGAUGCUGGCUCUGUCCUACUUACUGGCCCUGCCUCAGGUGUUGGAUGCCAACAGGUGUUUUGAGAAACAGUGUCACUCUGCCUUGUCACUCCAGCUGGCGGCCUACUACUACUCUCUCCAGAUCUACUCCCGUCUCAAACCCUGCUUCAAGGACAAGAACCACACUCUCUACCAGGCCGACCCAAAGGAGCUGAUUCGAUUGGUCACACAGCAUGUGUCUGCAUAUUCGGGUUGGCCAGAGGAGCUGCAGAAGUUGAUCAGCCAGCUGCGUGUUUACAACGAGCGUCUCACAGAUUUCACCCAGGCGCAGGUGUUACAGGGGCUGGGCCGCGGUGUGGAUGUCCAGCGCUUCAGCUCCGACUCCGACUACAAGAAGGAGACCAUCCUUGGCCUCACAGAGACACUGGAUGACAGUGUGUACAGAAUCGCUCUGUCUCUGGCUAAGCGCUACAGUGUUCCUCUGUGGGAGGUCUACAUGACUCACCUGGAGUUCCUCUUUACAGAUAGCGGUCUUUCCACCAAGGAUAUUGAGUCCCGGAGCGAGUCCCUAGGUCUGUUUCACACUUUGAAGGGUAACCCUCAGGCCUUUUACAGCCACAUGACCAAGUAUGUUCUGCCAACUGUGGAGGGAACCGACCUGGGUCGCCUGCUCUACUAUUACACCCUGCUGGAUGCUGCAGGCUGUGAGCCUUACGUCACCACCACCAUCAAGCCAGACUCCCAUGUCAAAUUGCUCAAGAAGCUUCGAGCUGUUGCCAGUGGCUUAGACUACCGGAAGCUGACUGAUGAAUCCUUGGAUCCACUUGCCACUCUGCAACCGGUUCUGACCAGUCAGAACGUACUGUCCAUCUCCAAACUUGCCAUUCGGCUGCCGGUGCCUGGCGGUGGAGGGGCGACAGUCUCCCCCAGUGCCGUGCAUGCAGUUUGGCUGCAGAAGCUGUUUUGGAAAGGAGACCCCCAGUUGAUGAAGAGGCCCCCACAGACUGACCAAGACUACCUGCAUGCUUAUGACACCUGUGCCAAAUAUCUGGACAGACUGGUCCCUGCUGACGCUGUUCACUUCCUGGAUAGUAUCACCUUCUCACCUGACGCAGCCAAAAAUCUGAGCAUCCAGGCGAGGUCGGAGGUGAUAAAGCGAGCCACCAAAGCCCUGCGCCAGCUGGCAGAGAAGAGCAGGAAGAGAGGAGGCGAUGGUAGCGGGGAGCAGGAAGGGAUGGACCCAGCAGGGAUGACUUUUGAUGAGGCUCUAGCACACCUGCAGCAAUCACAGGCCCACCUGGACACUCUGAGCCAUGCCUUCAUUCUGUCACUCAAAGACAGCCAGCAGGAACAGCUUCAGGGUUACAGUCAGCUUUACGAUUUGUCCCGAUCCGAGAGGUCAAAAGUACAUGAGCUGGCAGUCACCGUGGCAACUGAUGGGCAGCCUCUGGAGUGCAUUGGAAAGCUUCUCUGCGUGGCCGUUGGACCCCUAGAUCUGUCUGUCAAAACUGUGCUUCAUGAUGCAGUGGCGAGAGUCGUGGCUGCACUCAGUGGAGACCCAGACGCCCUGACAAAUUACUCACAACCCCUAAGGGUCCUGGAGGCCAUGGUGACCGCUGUGCACAACAAUGUCCAGAGUGGUGACAGCGCGGUGACUUCAGAUGACCUCUUGGCUUGGCUGCGCCCAUUCUGCGGAGACUCGUCGCUGCCCGUGCGGCCUCGGAUUGAUGUGCUGCAGAUCCUGGAGAGUAACUUCAGCCUGCGAGACACUGACGUUCGUCUUCUGCUGCUCUACAGAACUCAGGCUGUUCUCAAAGACAGAGAGGUCCAGAUAGAAGAUGUAGAAAACGAGGACAAACGAUACGCUCUCUUCCUGGAACUGCUGGACGCUGCUCAGAAGUGGGAGGACUUUCAGCUGCUCAUGCUCCUCCUACAAGCAUGGCCACCUAUGUUGAAAGAGGAAGUGGCAGAGUCAGAGCGUAACCCCUGGGUGGUGCUGACCUCAGCCAUGCUGACCCGCUGCCAGGGGUCGGAGGCCAGAUUAGACCUGGGUCAGCAGGUAGUCACCAUGGUGCGGACUCUCUAUAACACAAAACACAAGCUCCCUGUACAGUGUAUCAAACACAUAGCCACCCUGCUGCUCCAGAACCUGCCGAAACUCCAGCAGCCUGCGCUCAAACUGAUGGCUGAAAGCGGUGUUGAGGAGCUGCUACAGCUGACUCUGGAUCAGAUCAACAGCAUGACAGCAGAGACAGCUUCCUCCUGCGACGCUGAGCUCCUCUCGUUGCUCCUGGACGCCGGGCUCCUGGUGGGCUGCGUCUCCUCAGCCCUAUACCCCCUGCUCAGCUCCCACAUGCUGUCCCACCAGCAGGAGCGGGGCUGGAACGUGGAGAAAGCCGCCGCUGAGCUGCUGGCAGCAGGCCACAGGCCCGAGGCAGGCUCCCUGCUGCUGGCUCACCGCGGAACCCACCAGGCUCAGUUCACCUUCAACUCUGCCUUGGCUGUUCUCAGGAAGUGGCUGUGAGGGGAGCAGGGGGGAGGGAUGAGGGGGGAGGAAGGUAUGAGGGAAAGAUCACGGCGGGGAGGCGGUUUGGAUGGCAGCCACAGACCACGGUGAUAAAGGAGCUUCAGGGAAAGAGAGCGGGAAGGUGUUGAAAGAGGAGUAGAAUUAGAUUGGAUUGAGAUCUGAAGAAACUAGCAUGAGUGGAGAAUUGAAGUGAUCUCAGGCUGUACCUCUGCAUUUUGUUCUGUAAUUGGGUUUCCGGUUCAUCAACUGAGGACGCGUCAGCAGCAGCUGCAGUGUCUCCCUUUAAGGUAUAAGAGCGGAUACCUUUAAUAGUGAAACAUCUGCUCAAUUGGAAACACACACACACACACACACAUGCAUAAAUACACAAACCUCUGCUGUCUCUUAGUCAAGAAAGAAGGUUCAGACAGAGUGCUGAUCAGAAAAUGCACUGGGUGAUUGCAUAUAUUUUUGUGUGUAUAUAUGUGUGUGUGUGCACGUCCUUUUGUGUGAUAAAGUAAUUGAGCGGUAGCCGGGAAGCAGUGGGUGGAAAUUAGCCUAUUGUUCCGUGACAGGUUUGCCUCUUUGACAUCCCAUCGUUAAACACCCUGCCUCUGCUCCAUUGUUUUCCCCCUAAUAAUGUCUAAUUAAUUCCUUCUAAACAAAUUAUCCCCGCAGCUGCCCUGCGCCCUGUGUAUGUGUGUGUAGAUGCACAAAUACUAUGUAAGAGCACCAACGCCCCGGCGAUAUCAUGUAGAGCUAAUGAUGAUGAGAACUAAACGUGUAUGUGUGUGUUCAGGCAUGCAAUGAUGAUGCUGUCAGCAUGGUGUGUUUCACAUUUUAAAGUACAGGUUUCUUUCUCUCUCACCUUUCAGAGCUGAAAUAAAGACAAAUCCAAUGACA